UUCACAUGGUUAGUUUGUUCAUUCUCAUAUAUGGAAUGGCAGCUGCAGCAGCAUCCAGUGCUCCAGAGGAGGGAACCUUGACCUUGUUUACUCACAUGCUAAAAAACAUGAUUGGUUUUGAUUACCUGGAAGAAUAUCUGAGUUACAAGUGGCUGCUACUGCCUCUCAUUCUGCUUUAUGCCUUUUAUGUUAUCAUACUUUUUACCAGUUAUGUAGCCUCACUUUUGCUCCAUAUUUGGAAGAAAAAGAAUAACUUACCAGAGGACAUAGACAAAUCAUGGGAUCUAACGAGGCGAGGGGCUGCAUACUUUGUGGAUAAAGUUGGAAGGAUAUUGCAUGGUUAUGAGGUUAUUGGCAUGGAAAAUCUACCAGAAGGACCUGGAAUUAUUAUUUAUUACCAUGGAGCUAUUGUUAUAGACUAUCCAUUUUUGGUAGCUCGAAUGUAUAUAGAGAAAGGAAAAGCCAUCCAUUCUGUGGUUCAUAACUACAUAUGUCACUUGCCAGGAAUACAGCUGCUUCUUAAAAUGACUGGUUGCAAAAAUUUCAGCAGAGAUGAAUGUGUGAAAAUUCUGAAGGAAGGCCAUUCACUGGGGAUUGCCCCUGGAGGACUUCGAGAAUUAAACUUUAGUGAUGAAUUCUACAAUCUACUGUGGGGUAACCAUAUAGGUUUUGCAAAGGUGGCUUUAGAGGCCAAAGUGCCCAUCAUCCCUAUAUUUACAGAAAAUGUUCGUGAAGUCUGCAGAACAAUUGGAAAGAUAUGGUUGACAAAAUGGCUGUAUAAUAAUGUUGCACCUCUAGUCCUUCCCACAUAUGGAGGAUUUCCAGUCAAAUUACGCACACACAUUGGCGAACCCAUCCCAUAUGAUCCCAAUAUAACUGCUAAAGAGCUGGCUCAAAAAACAAAAGCUGCAAUUGAAAAUCUUCGAGACAAAUACCAAGAAAGACCAGGAAAUAUUCUUCGGGCUCUACUGGCACGUUUUGAGAAAUGUCAUAAAGACAACUAGCCUUUAU